AUGGAUAAUUAAUAAGAGAAAUUGCAACAGGAAAAGAAGGAGGAAGAAAUUGAAGAAUAGGUUGAAAAAUAAGGUGAUUAAGUAAGUAAAAACUAAAAGAGGAAUCAGAAAAAAAAAGAAAAGAAGAAAAAGUUAAAAGAAUAGAAUCAGGAAAUAAUUUAGUAAGUUGAGGAAGAAAUAAAAGCAAAAUUGAAUUUAAGUGAUGCUGAAUAAUCAGAUCUUGAAAUAGCAUGGUGUAUUAAGCAAAUAAAAUUGGGAUUGACAUAAAAAUUGACACCUGAAGAGAGUAAUAAAAUAUGAAAUUUUUUGAUUAGUAAAAAUAUCUAUGUCGAUGAUUGAAUUAUUAGAAAGUGAUUAAGUUCCAUUAGUAAAGAAGAGAAUGGCAAUGAAAUCUAAUUUCGGAGAUUAUAGAAAACUAAUGAAAUAAUAUAAAUGA